AUGCACCCCCAGGCUUGGAGCUUGCUCUUAGUAACGAUACUAGCGCGAUGUUGCAUGUUGUCAGGUGGUGAGAGCCUCUUCGCCCAAGCGAGUGCUCUUAGUAAUGAAUAUCCUUCGUCAACGUCGCUGUGUGGAGAGGAUCUAGCCGAAGAGACCGGUACGCUCAACGGUCUGUACUAUGUGUACUACCAAUCGUCCGCCAAAAGAAAGAAUGUUCCUGUGAUUCUGUGGCUCUCAGGUGGUCCUGGAUGCUCUGGGCUUGUCGCGUUAUUAUUUGAGAAUGGUCCUUGUUCUUUUGACGACGAGACCGACACAAUCUCACUCAAUCCGUACGCGUGGACUGGGCUUGCUAAUGUUGUCUACCUCGACCAGCCUAAAGGCACAGGAUACAGCAAUGGAGAGCGUGGGAUUACGCGUCCUUGGUCACUUGACGGUGCAGCGGAUGACAUACACGAGUUUCUCCACCAAUUCUACCAGCAACAUCCAGAGCUCAGAGUGAGCGACUUUUACAUUUUCGGAGAGAGUUUCGCCGGGCACUACGUACCAGACUUGGCUUUGAGAUUGAUCGACGACAGCUCACUUCCAACACUGAAAGGAAUAGCCAUCGGGAACGGCGUCGUGUCCACAACAGCUUGGGUCGAGUCUGUGAUCCCUUUCUUCAAAGUCAACGAGUAUGGUUACGAUUUCCUUGGUUCAAACGAAAUAAUUCUUGGUCGGAACGCAUAUGACAUACGACGUGAGUGCCAUCAAGACGACGCUCUUCAACUCUGUUAUCGCUUUUCUCGUCUCCAGGCUUUUGUCAACACCCCUGCUGCAAGUUCUUACUUCGGUGAAGCUCCUCAUGAAUGGAAAUUGUGUUCUUCCGGAGCACUCCAGCAAUUAGCAGAAAUGGAUCAACUGGAGGAGAGCGAGUCGAACGUCGCUCGAGCUCUUGAACGCGGCGUUCGAGUGCUCGUCUACGGUGGUGACGCCGACACUGUCGUCAAUUGGAUGUCCCAAGACUUGUGGACGCGCGCUUUGUCUUGGAAACAUCAAGCUCAAUUCAGCUCCGCAGCCUUCAAUGAACAAAAGUAUAACGGUCGAAGCAUCGGUCGCGUGCGGUCUUCUCAUGGGCUCAGCUUCAUGAAAGUUUACAAUGCCGGCCACAUGGUUCCUCAUGACCAGCCCGCCAUUGCAUACGAGAUGGUCCGCAGUUUCCUGCAUGACGAUCCACGAGUUGGCAUGUUUAGUUAA